GCGUAGAAUUCAUAGCUUGUGGUGACAAUUGAUUUAAUUUAUUGCAAAUAUAAAUGUUUAUAAGAAUUUAAAGAUUGGGUUGAAAACCAUUACUUUGAUAGUUUGCCGAUCACAUGUUUACUGUGGGUUGACGAGAUAAAUAAACAAGAGUUAUUUUGAUAAUAGUUCAGUGACGCAAUUAAAAAUUAACACAUAGCUCCCAGGUCCGUAUUCAGGGCGGUUUUGAUGGGCAGAGCAAGUUAUUGUAUUAGAUGAUUAUAUCGGACUCCAAGGGUACAUAGGGGUCGUUCCAACGAAAACUGAACCCCCUAUCCUUCAAAAUUGUAACUUGCAUUAAUUGAGAUAUUUAAGGUCGGCAAUCGGCAUUCCUGAAUAAUUUUCUGCCGCAUCUCUUCUACAUUUCUAGUGGAUUAUACUUUCGAGUCCAAGUGUCACCACAGAAAUAAAUCCAAAUGUGAAAGAUCAGGUGAUCUAUUUGGUCACUCCACUGAACCUCCAUCUGCCGAUCCAACGCAUCGGAAAACAUUCGUCGAAAAAUUGUCUCAAAUGACAUUCGAAAUAUGGGGGAGUAUUGCGAACGGACUGAAACUGCAACUUCAAAUGACAGGACUGUAUAACGUAUUGGCGCCUUACAUUUUGGAGGAUGAUUCAAAUUUGAUAAUGGCAAACUUACUCAAUUCAAUAAUUUGGUUCAUCAUAUUGAUAGUUGUAUCAUUUUGGAUAGCUGGAUUUUGUGCUGGCCUUUACAUAUUUGUCCACCCACUUAGCGUCUGCAUUCCACCAUUAUCGGGACUGAGUGACUUUCUACUAACGGUGAUUCAAUUUCCUCAUUAUUGUGCCAAGAAGAUGAUGAGCGGCGAACCUUUAGGUUAAUUCGUGCACUGAUAUAAGUAUCUUAAAAAGUGUUCAUUUAUCAAUUUGUCUGAUACGUACAAAAUAUAAAUAUUUUAUACUUUUGAUGUUAUUUCUAAUAAAACUCUAAAUCUUCACUGCUGCCGCAAA